AUGGUGGACAUUCGCUGGGAGUUAUUACGGGCUCCGGCCGCCAGAACGCUGCUGCUGACGGCAUUGCUCGUCACCGUGAUUACUGUUGUUUUCCUCGUGCGACUGGGCAUCGCCAGUAGACGACCCAAGAACUUCCCACCAGGGCCGGCAGGACUUCCAAUCAUCGGGAACUUGCACCAGAUUCCGCCAGCAAAGUCCUUUCUCAAAUUCCACGAGCUCAGCAAGGAGUAUGGGCCGAUCGUCGGGCUCAAAUUCGGCCCGCAGAACGUGGUUGUGCUGAACCACUAUCAGCCUGUCAAGGAACUAUUUGACAAGAGAGGAUCGAUCUAUUCGAGUCGACCGAAGAGUUACAUCGCGCACGAGCUGUUAUUCCCCAACAAAAUCCACAUUCUGCUGAACGAAUACGGCCCUGAAUGGCGGUUGAUGAGGAAGGUCGCACAGUCGUUUCUCAACGCCAACUCGAUCCAGAAGAUUGUGCCGAUCCAGGAAGCCGAGGCGACGCAGACCUUGUACCAGAUCAUGAACGACCCGGCGGGGUACUACCAGUACAUCCGGCGCUAUUCUGCCGCGGUCGUCCUCGCGUCGGUGUACGGACAGCGCGUCCCAGACCCGCAAUCGGCCAAGAUCCAGGAGAUCUACUGCAUCAUGGAGCGGUUCCUGGCCCUCAUGGAGCCUGGCGCGACGCCUCCGGUCGACGCCGUCCCCUUGCUGCAGUACCUGCCGGACUGGCUCAGCUGGUGGAAGCGAGAAGCAAAGGCCAUCCGCCGGGACGAGAAGAAGCUGUACGCCGCGCUGGUCGAUGAAACGAGGAUUAAGUUGAACCAGGGUAAAAGUCCAGAUUGUUUCUUGAUCCACAUGUUUGAGGACCAGAGGAAGCAUGGCAUCAGUGAUGAGUGGCUUGGAUACAUUGCCGGUCUAUUUAUGGAAGCCGGAUCGGACACGACCUCUUCAAGCAUCUUGGAUUUCAUCCUGGCCAUGAUCUCUCACCCGGAUAUCCUCAAGAAGGCUCAGAAGGAGAUCGACGCCAUUUCACCUCGGGAUCCUCCCACCUACGAGGCCGUCAAAGACAACGCGUAUCUAAACGCUCUCAUGCAAGAGACGUUACGAUGGCGGCCUGUCGCUCCAGGCGGUAUCCCACAUACGCUGAUCCAGGAUGAUUCGUACGAGGGCUACUUUCUCCCCAAAGGGACCAUGCUGUUUGCCAAUGCCUGGACCAUUCAUCGGGAUCCGGCCGAGUAUAUGUCGCCCGACGAGUUCGUGCCGGACCGGUGGCUCGGCAAUCGAUAUGGCAUAAUCGGGGAGGAGAUCAGGGAAGAAGGGAGACGAGAAAUGUACGGGUUCGGCGCGGGACGGAGAGUUUGCUCUGGUCAGACCAUGGCAGAGAAUUCAAUGCUUAUCAGUAUGAGUAAAUUGCUGUGGUUCUUCGACAUGUCUGCCACUGGGGGCCCUGUCGAUACCAAUGUCGAAACGGCUUUUACCAAAGGCUUCUUGACGGCACCCAAGAAAUUUCCAGUCGCUUUGAGACCACGGUCGCAGGAGAGAGCUGAGAUUCUCCGCAAGGAAUUCCAGCAAGCAGACGAGUUUCUGUCUCGCUACGACUAA